CCCGCGAUAACAAGUAAAGCGCUGAAGUCACACUCUUGUAUAACCCGAUCGUUCUAGCUCUAUGACAUACGAUUAUCAGAAAUCUGGAAUAUGUCAAUUGAAGUCAGUCGUUUAGGACAGUUCGUCGGAAUAGGUUCGCUAGCUUCGAAAAAAUUUUGGACAUUCAAUUAAUUUUGAAAGGAGCUGGAACGAUAUUCGCAUCUGGAUUACGUGAUGGAGACUGACAGUUCAAAUGUGUCCGUCAUUGCCAAGUCGGCAGAGCCAGGCGAGGAGAGUCAUGUCACUGGUUCCGAGUUUAAAAUGCCAGAGAUCCCAUUUGCGGUCGGACAUAACCUCGCAGUCGAAAAUGCCGAGGCCAAAAAUAAGAAGCCUGAGCUUCAAAAAAACGAGGAACCCGGACUUAUGGCAGUUGAAAAUGAAAAGCCGCAGGCUGAACAACUUUCCGGAGAGGCCAAUACUAACGAGUCUGGGCUUCAGAAAACCGGCAAGUUAGUUAAUGAUGAAGCUAAGAAUGAUGCUAAGAAUGAGGAAGAAGAAGAUGCCAACAUUCGCGAGCCCGAUCUCCAAGGAACCGAGAAUCCCGUGGGUGCCGACCUCAAUAAGGAGGGCGAAGCUCAUUCUGAGAAGUCGGAAGUCCCAAAAUGCGAUGCAUUCGCUGCUAAGCAGGAUGAGCCGCAGGGGGGUAUUCCUUCUGAGGCCAACAACAACGGGUCGGAGCUAGGAGAAGCCCAGGAGCUUGAAGAGUCGCAGGAAGGAACUCCUUCUGAGGCCAAUACUAACAAGUCGGCCCAGGAAGCUGUUGGCUCCGAGCUCGGUGUCGCAACUGAGCAUGAAGAGUCGCAGGGAGGAGGUCCUUCUGAGGCUAAUUCUAACGAAUCUGAGAUUGAAAAGGCCAAGGAUUUGGUUACUGUCGAGCGAGGUGUCGCAGAUAAGAGUGAUGAAUCGCAGGUUGGAACUGCUUCUGAGGUCAACACUAAGGACUUUGAGAAACCUGCAGAUGUCGGACCCUCCAUCGCACCUGGCACUGGUGCCAAGAGAGGUAGACCGAGUAAACGCGGCAGCGCGACCGAAUCGAAUAAGAAGGCUAAGACGGAGCCUCAGCGUAAAUUUCCGAAGAGGACAACAGUUACUACGAAGCGCGGCAAGGAUUAAGAGCAGUGCGCUGCUUGCUGAGAGCAACGACUACAAUACAACACACAACUGUACAAAAAAAAGCCACAAAUACACUCAGCGGCAGAGCAAUGAUUAAUGAUUACCUCAAGGAUUUCGCCGACGGAUGCAGUUUAUUGCCUUCACAAAUUCCACACCUACACACACACAAAUACACAUUAUAUGGGAAAUAUUUGCAUGAAGGCAAAAAACUGACUCCAGUCGCUUAAUUCAAUGUCCGACUUGA